CAAAUGGUGGGCCUACCACAUGGAUGGGCAUUCAUAAAAUUCAAUUUCAGGCAACACUGUAGGCUACACCUCAGUAAGAACGGGCCAACGCUCAAUGCCUUUUGGACGUCUUUUUUUGGCACAGUUCCAAAGCACAGUGGUCUGGUCCGGACCAAAUCUAAACCAAUCAUAGACCAAACAAUCUAUGUUUGGUUCAGAUUUUGUCCGUCUGGUCCAACCUUGAUUUGGCCCAAACAUAGACGUCUAUACAUUACUUAUUUUCAACUUUCAUUCAGAACCAAAAAUGAGCCUGAUUUCAAUAUCCGAAAAAUUCAUAUUUUCAACAUCUGUAAAAUACGUAUUUUCAACUUUCAUUCAGAUCCGAAAAUAAACCUGAUUUCAAGGUCCUGAAAAUACGUAUUUUUCAACUUCCGGAAAAUAUGCCUUUUCAACGUUCUGGAAAAUAUUAAUUUAAACUUAUGGAAAAUACCUUUUCGCUUUUCAAUCAGAACCUAAAUUGAAUCUAACUUCAACGUCUUAAAAAUAUGUAUUUUAGACAUCUUUUCAACGUCAUUUUGCUUACUGGGAUGAUUCUAUUUUUGCGAGGGGCGGCAUUUUUUGGUCUUGCCUUUGGCAGCAGAACGGCAAGGACCAGCCCUGCAUAUGGCCCUUAUCUUUCAUCAGUGAGAAAUAAUCCUUAAAAUGAAAAAAUAUAGCUAGAUUUAUUCUAUGAGUUUUGCACAGAUCCUUUCAGCUAUCGGUGCCUCCAUCAGACAAAACUACACUUACACUUCCCGAGUUAUGCUUAUGGCGCUUUCAAGACAAAUGGGAACUCUGAGAAAAACUAGGUUAAAUCAUGACGUCGAUGAUCUUCAGGUCGCAAAGUUGGAGCUCUCGAAAGAUGCCUGAGUUUCCGAGUUGGAAUUCCGAGUUGGAUGACCAUUCAAAACGAACUAGUUUUUUCCCCCUGAGUUUCCAGUUGUCUUGAACGUUCAGAAGUCGGAGAGUUCUGAGUUCCCAGUUGUUUUGAAUGCGGCAUUACACACAGGUCUUCAGAACAGUUAAAAUAGCUCAUUAAUACAGGUUGGUCGCCUCUUGUCUUCUGUAAACAUUUCAGCCAGUUUGCUUCAGUGUUGUGCCUACAAGUGAAUACAACCUUGUUGUUUACUCAGAGAACCUCCUAUGAGUGGUACAUCCCCAAAGGGAUCUUGAAGACAGGCUGGAUGAACAAGCACCUGAACCUGGUGCCUGCACUGGUGGUGCUGUUCUAUGAGCUGGACGACGAAGUCUGGAAGGCAAAGCAGUCGGAGUGUGCCACUAAAGUAGAGAUAAUCAGGCUGGAAAAUGUGUUCUAUGAGCAUGUGCAGACCUACUACUACAAUGAGAUUAGGAGGGUCAAAUCCCACAAUGAUUUCGUCAACAAAACAACUCAUCAGUUUAAGAUUGCAUUCUUCGGUGAGCUCAAGCUGGACACAAAUAAUGCGCUCAAGUACUACAGGACUGCCUACAGCCUUGUACAUGAGCUGAGAGCCCAUGUGAUCAACAUGAUGGAGAUAAAGACCAUGGCUCGAUUCGUAAACUACGAGGAGCUUUUGGAACAUUAUGAACUAUCUGUCAACUAUGCUUCCAACACGACACAUCUUUGGAUGCCAUCGCUCAGUUCAGGAAGCAUAUUGAUUUGUGCAAGAAGAAGAUUGGCAGAGCUGGCGUUUGAGCACAAAGCCUGGAUGUCGAAGCAGUUCCAGUCCUUUGGCGACCUGUUUGAUGAGGCAAUCAAGCUGGGUCUGACCACCAUCCAGACUCAGAACCCUGGCUUCCACUACCAGCAGGCUGUCUACUAUGCCCAAGAACGCAAGCAGCAAGCAACUCAUCUGUGUGCCCAUGAGGCCAGUGUGAGUUACCCCACCCCAGACCCCCUGGAGAUGACCAGCGGAGCGCUGGACUUCUAUGGGCAGAGAGCCUGGAGACAGGGCCACCAGAGUAUCGAUCCCCCAGACACAGAGAAGGAGAAGGGAGGCAUCCUGGCACUGCAAGUGAAGGAGAAGGAUGUUCCCCACUCGUCUAAUCGCUGUCUGUCGCCGGUGGUGCAGAUGGGAGAGGAGUACUACCAUGCCAAGGACUACACCAAAGCACUAAAACAGGUGAAUGUGCCAGCUAGUGUUUCAGCCUACAGUGUUCCCCUGUGCUCAAUGGGAUGAGCAGCGUGGCAUCUGGAAAGUACCUCAUCUCCUGGAAGAGGAAAUAUUGUUGUGCAGAUGCACCUGUUGUGUUGACAGUUGUCACCCUCCCCCAUGUGGUGGAGACCAUUCAUGUACAUGCAG